UUCCAACUUGACUGAACACCAGAGCACAAAGCAAGGCAAAAUGCGGGACAUGCUGGUGAGACUCCAGACGAUCAGCGAGGACCAGGAGGACUACGAGCCGGAGCUCACUGGACCAGAAUGCAGUGUAGAUCAGGGGGAGGUGCCGCACAAGGCUGUCAUUUUUGAUUACUGCUUGCAUAUGGAUUACGUCCUGAAGGAGUCACAGUCCAUACGGAAGGAUAUCUCCUUGCUUAACUUGGAGGUGCAUCGCCUGAGGAUCCACAACGAACGCUAUGGCACGACUGUGCGACGCCUCAGCCUUCUGAAAAGGGACUCCGAUUCCAUUGCAAGAGGAAUCCAGCAUCAAGCGGAGUCCGUGCACGGCCGCAUACAGAACCUGGGUAAAGAGACCAGCAGGCUGGAGGAGGACAAAGGCCCCGACGUUGCUGUCAGUCGCAUCGCCCGCACCCAGUAUGAGACUCUCGUCUGUUCCUUCCACGAGAUCAUGAGUAACUACCGUAAGAUCGAAGAGAAACAGAGGCUUACGUGCAGGAAGAGGCUCCAGAGGCAGGCUUCCAUAAUGGGGUCGAACAUCAGCGAGGAGGACAUGAACGACUUGGUGGACAAAGGUGGUGAGGGCUGGACGGAGCUGUCGCAGACCCUCUGCCAGGACGGGGGCCGGUCCUGCCGCGCAGCCCUGUGUGACAUCAAAGGGAGACACAAGGAGCUGAUGGAACUGGAGACCAGGCUGAAGGAGGUCCACGAACUCUUCCUGCAAAUGGCCAUACUUGUAGAAGAACAGGGUACGCUCGUUGAUAACAUCCAGCAGAAUGUGUGCAAAACAAAGGAGUACAUGGAAGACGUAAAGUGUAACUUGAUAAGGGCCAAGGCGUACAAAAAAAAGAACCCUUGUUUGCAAUGUUGUCCCUGGCUGCCAUGCUGGAAAGAUAAAUAAUUUUAGAACGUUUUAACCACUUAAAAUGGAAAAAAAAAACUGCAAUGAAGUGUAGUUUGCAAUCAGUUUAAUUUAAAAGUAGUGCAGUCUGUAAAGAUUCAAUCAAAUGUGUUGAAAUGACUCCGAUAUGUGAAGUUUGAUAUUUUUGAGGUUACUAAUGCUUAUCUGACACCUGUCUAUAUGUUAUGAUCACAUGAAUAACUUGGUGCGAGUUAAGAUUUUAAAGGAAAGAUUUUUCAGUUCGAAAUAGGUUUUGUUUUAAAAUGUUUGCUGAUGUGAAAUAAAUAUUUGCUGGAGUGAGUUGUUUUUCAAGUGACCAACACUUUUGCCCACGUGAACGCUGACUUGAAUCAUGCGGGAAAGAAGUUCACAUGUGAGGGAGCUGUUAAGAAUUGGAGUCACAAGCAGAAGGAUUGACAGAGUUUAUGGAUUCCACAUGACAGUGAAUUAAAAGUGUGCAUGAGCAACUUUAAGCUGGACUUGGUUGUUUCUUUAUAAAAAGUGGACCUAUCAUAUGAUAUUUUGUUUUGCAAGGUGAAUUUCUUUGUUUCUCUCUUUCUUUUUUUGAGAAAGGCCAUUGUAUCCUCUAGUUUUAAAUCUAAAUAAAGUUUUGAUUUAAAACCAGGUUGGCAAGACCUGUGCAAACAUGAAUAAGCACAGAAGUUUGUGACUUCUUUCUAGUCACU